GCAGGUUUCACUUGUUUUACGAAAGCCGUUGUUCGACACAGCGGUUCAGGGAAACAGAAAGCUCUACAAGAGGAAACAGAAAGCUCUACAAGUAUUAUUUGAGAUUUGCCCUCUUUGCCAGAAUAACACCUGCAAAUAUUGAUUUUAGCCUCCCUGGUCCAACAGCCUGGAAUUACACACACACAAAAAAUAAUUUCAUCAUAUUUGAGUGAGUAUAAAUAGCUGACUGAGCAGAGGUUUCUCAUUUCUUAUCAUCGAGGCAAAGCCACAUCAAGAAUGUCUCUAGUGCACAGCAAUGUUGUUCUCCAGGCUCUCUCCACCUUCACUGGUGCUACUGUCAAGUAUUUGACAGAGGAAACAAAGGAUGAUAAUAAACUCAAUAUAUUUAAUUUUUUGCCAACUACCUUUGUUACAAAGCAAGCUUUAGAUGAAACAGACUCAUUACGUUGUUUUUGUGACGAGUUGUUUGUAGACAUAGACAAAUUUCUAGACCCAAAGUUUGAUUUUGAUUACACAGAUUUAAAGGAUGACUCAAUAUGUAAGCGUGGAAAUGAGCCGUACACACGCCCCUGUGGGUGGAAACGUAUUGCCAUCAAGGUCCUGGAUAAGUAUCCAGAUGGAAAUGCCUGGUUGGGCACGGAUGGAUGGAGGAGUUACUCAGUGGAUGGCGAGUGGCCCGUCUCUUAUCAUGGAACUGGAAUGAAUAGCGCUAAAGCCAUCAUUGAGUCUCAUUACAUACCAGGCCCUGGACAAGUGUACGGCAGAGGAAUCUAUUCAACGUAUGACAUAAAGGAGGCUACUCGUUACACCCGCAAUGUUACAUGUGAAGAGACUGGAAAAAUCUAUGAUGUGCUUCUGCAGAACAGAAUCAAUCCAAAAAUGAGAAAAGUAUGUGCCAGACAGGAAUAUUGGCUGAUAGAGAUUCCUGCGGGAACCCCGCCUGAUAAAGAGAGAGAGAUUGUGGAGAUGUCAAUUCGUCCUUAUGGAAUUCUGUUUAAAGAGGUUUAAAUGAGUAAAUGUAAGUUUAAAUGAUGAGCUGUGUAUGGGCAUUUACUGCUUGAGGGAUCAUGAUUGAUCCUAUUGUUUUUUCUCUAUUAGACUUAGGCUAUGUCCAGACUGCAGGCAAACUGGAUUUUUUUUUUCUCAAAACGUCUUUUCAGGCAGACUGAUUAGAGCAGAGUGAUCAAAUUAGAACUCCUCCAUUGCAUAAGAUAAACUCAGCGACAGAGGAGACUGGUAUAUAUUGUGAUAUUUCUUUGUGCCAGCUGGUUUCAACUUUGUUUGAAUAUUGCAUGAAUACUUUUGCAACACAUGUGGUUUGAAUCAGAUUUGAUAAAUUAUGUAAUAACUUUUUUUUUUUUUUUUUCCAGUGUUGUUUUUAUUAUUUUGUGGAUAUUUCAGCUAACAGUUUGAUUUGAUGCUGUUCCAAAUCCUGCUGCCACUUACAUAAUUUACCAUAAAAUCACAUUAUAUUUGUCCCAAAUUAUUGUUAUGGUUCAUAAUGACUUUAUCAAAGGCUGUAAGAUUGUGUAUCUUUCCGCACAACCUUUUUCUGUCUGUUUGCUUUAUAUAGGGAGCUAAUAAUAGCCAUAGAACAUGCUUUCUCUUUCCGUUUGCUCUGUUUUGUUAUUAACAAAUUAAAACUACUUCUAUAUAAACUGUGAACUGCUGUCUUAAAUUGGGUGCAAUACCUGUGAGUUGUUCUAAACGCGGCGCUGCUUCUCAUCCGGUGACUACAUUCUUUGGGAUGAUAUUAGACUCAAAAUGAUUAAUAGAUGCACGCACAAUUAUCCAUGUAUGGCAUAAAUGUUAUGCAUGUAUCUUACUAACCACAAACAAAUGCCUUUCAAUUUGAGUCUGUUGAAUUGGAAAUUAUA